UUAGCGGAAUCGAUAACUCGGACAACACAAUACAAUACCAUACUUUUGAGAGUGUAAAAAAUAUAUCCCCUUAGCUUUGGAUCGAGGCUAUUAUAAUUUCAAACAAAAAAUCCAAAACAAAAUCAACUCGUGCGUGGAACUAAAUGGCGCAGCACCAUAUGUACAGAUACACUCUUUCUCGGUUAUUCAACCAACCAUUGUACCCUUUGUAUUAUUUAAGCCUAACAUGUUAUGUUGUUAUAAUUAUUUUCACCACACGCUAGUUUUAAUUUAUAUUUAUAUUUUAUUUAUAGGUCAACUAUUUAAACACUGUUUAUGUGUCAAUAAAUAAAAUUAAAGAUACACAUCCUAACUUCUACGCCUAUAUUUGCGUUGGGAGGUAAAGAGAUAUACGUUAGGAGAUAUACCUACUCGUACUGAACUACGUUGUCAAUGAGAGGGAAUUUAAUUUAUUUUUAUACCCUUUAAACAUCUAUUAACGUUCGAACCAGUUCCGAUAAAGACGUAAAUUGUAUUUAUGUCACCAUAACAUUUACAUGAAUUAGACAUAAAUUAAAAUCUUAAAAUAGACUUAUCGACUCCUAAAAAGGAGGCUAUCAAUUCGAAUGUAUAAAAUUUUAUGUUCAUCUGGUUAAUAUGGCAAUCGAACAAGAUAUUAGAGAUAAAUUAUGCAUGCCUCUGCGAUCUAUAACGAUUAUCGCGCCGGACACAGGAGGUCGCGGGUUUGAUUCCCGAUCAGGUGAAGAUGGAAAAGAAUAUAUUUCAGAUUGACCUAUCUGUCAUCUUAUCUUCCGUGUCUUGGGAUUUUAUCUAAAUAUGAAAAAAAGCGUUGAAGUCUAAGGUAUAAAAACCCAAGCCUAACUUACAAAUGUUAAGUUAGGGCUUAGAGGCGUCACAGCCGACAGUGAAAUACUGGAACCGGGAUCACGCUCGAGAGAGGUUCCUGUGGGAUUCGAACCCGCGUCUUCAAAGUCACGACGAACAGUAGCUUAAGGAGAAAGUAAUGGUAGGCCCAACUAUUAUCGACCGGAUACGAUAAGAUCCUAUUAGGGUCAUAAAAUUGUAUAAAUACAAUAUAAAAAGGCAAUUAGUGUUGAAAAACACCAGUUUCAUUGCUGGUUACAUGCAAGAUAAUGGACAUCAUCAAAGCCGUCAUAAUUCUCACGGCGAUCUCCUUCACCGGCUGUCAAGAAGAUCAGUCAAGACGCAACGUUGAUCAGGAAGAAUAUCUUCACAUAAAAAUCAAUAACGGAGAAGAACAUCAAUUCAAAAGUAACGAUGGAGAAGAUAACCAAUCCAGCAUCAGUGAUGGGCAGAAUGGUCAGUCCAGCAGCGAUAUCGGAGUGCAGGCGGACUUUGCUGAAAUUCCAAUGGCGGUGAUCAAAGCUAUCACCAGUGCUGUUUUCACAGCGUGUGACCAGGUGAAGCUCCUUCAGGGGGUGACCUACGAACAACUCGCAGGCAAAAACGAACCUGAUGUCAACGCUCUAACUCUCAAAUACGUCUCACGUGAUAACGAAAGUCGCACGUACAAUAUAAACUCAGCCGCGCAAGCCAUAGUCGAGGAGGCGCGCACUUUCUCCCCAGAUGAGAAGCUGUUUAUCUACAUUCACGGGUUCACCUCCAGUCCAAGGGAGUCAGAUUUUGGGAAUGUAAGCCAAGCGCUGUUUGUUAAAGGCAUACACCACGUCAUGGCGCUGGACGCGGGUUUCCUGAUCGACUGGUGGUACCUGCGAUCCACCAGCUAUGUCCGCUUCAUAGGGCAGAAGCUUGGAGACGUGCUGGCUGCUUUGGUCAACAAUGGUAUCAGCGCGUCCUCCAUCCACAUAAUCGGGCACAGCUUGGGCUCACACAUGGCCAGCUUCACCGGCAAGAAGUUCAGACAGCUCACGGGCCGGCUGGUCGGCCGCAUCACCGGGCUCGACCCGGCCGGGCCGUGCUUCACGCAGGGGGACAAGGAGCUGAGGUUACAGGCGUCGGAUGCAGAAUUUGUAGACGCCAUUCACACAAAUGCAGGAGUGCUGGGAAUUGAAGAGCCAGUUGGUCACGUGGACUACUACCCCAACGGUGGGUCAGCCCAACCAGGCUGCAACCUGUCUCCAGGGUGUUGCCACGGGAUGUCAUGGCUGUUCUUCUGUGAGUCCGUGCUCAAUGAGCAGGCGUUCCCGGCUGUCGAGUGCAACAGUUGGGACGAUUUCAAGUUUGGGAAGUGUUUGAAGAACAUCAGCUACAUGGGCUUCGCAUCCAAGCCCACAGUUAGGGGGAAGUACUACCUCCAAACGAACGGCGUCUCUCCGUUCAGUCUCGGCGACAGAGGACUCAAGUAUGAAGAGAAGACAUUCACACAUACCAUUACCGAAGCGCUGUUUUGAUGUCGCCAAUAAUAGGCUACCGGUCAAAAUUAAUGGACAACACUCAACGGCCCACGCUAAGCACCAAGCUUGUAUCGCAAGUCCGAUGGACACGAACACAGAAAGGGAACAAAGCACAUUCAGAAACAAAUAUUUGUGAUUUACCCGCCCUGGGAAUCCAGCAGUCGGGCGUGGUAGUGACAACACCACGGAGGUCGUCAAGUUGUUUGAUGCCAUUUUGAAGAAUCACAGAAUGAUCAUCACUGUUUUUCAAGAUGUAAAAAAAAACAAUGAACAUUUUUGAACGAUAUUUGGACUUGUCAAAAUAGUAAUAGCACCUCCGUAGGACAUUAUCGAGAUCAAGUUUAUUUGUUAGACAAAUUAAAAAAACGACGACUUUCAAUAUUCAUAUCGCUACAACUUCAUCUGAACCGAUUUUCAUGAAUCAUGGCCAAAAGAACACUCUGACACACAAAAAGAACACUCUAUGACACAAAAAAACUAAACGAAAAUCGGUUCAUCCGUUUGUGAGCUACGAUGCCUCAGACAGAUACACAGACAGACACGUUAAACUUAUAACACCGCUCUUUUUGCGUCGGGGGUUAAAAAUAAACUUUCCCAUAACGUUUGAGAUCUAAUAAAUUAAAUACGGGUAUUUAAUGUGCACGUACGUGAAAAGCGACAGUUAAAAAAUAGUUAUAAUCAACCUAGGUUUUAUACAGGCUGAGUAACAAGAUGAGUUUAUUAAUAAAUAUUUUAUGAUAAUAUUAUAGCACUUAGUUGCUCUGUGCCUUAUUUUUUAAAAUUUCUAACAUUCUAGUAUGUCGGUCUGUUGAUGGUAAAUUAAAAAAUAGUGUCAUUCCUGAGGAAGUGUUAGGUAUAUAAUUUAUUAUGAUUUUAUUAUAUAAAUAGUAAAAGUAUAUUUAAAGAAUGCAUUUCAAUUGUUAUGGCAUAGUUAGAAAAAAAAAGUUACAUACAGGGUUACUUUUAUCGAACGCAAAACCUCCUAAAGACUACUUGGGUUCAAAACAAGCAACUUUUAUUCUACGACUUUAAGUGAUUCGUACUUUUUUUAUUUCAUAUAAAAACAAUCAAUCUAAUUUGCGAUUCUAAACAAUUAAAUAUAAAAAGGGCAUAAGUCUUAAAAUAAAAAAAAAAUCAAUGAUUCGUGCGUAACCCGACGGCGCGGACUCAGAGUAGGCGCGUGCGCGUCAGCCAAUAGCGGUCAGCUCUGUUCGCGGGUAAUCAUGGCUAAAAUAUUUUCGCGCCGUACAAAAAUUAGACUUCUGCGCAGGUACAUCGGUGUAACUUAUAAAAGUGGUAGACCUGUACCUAUGUAGCGUAAUCGAACAUAGAGUUAACGUUUUUUUUAGAAACUACAACUAAAAAAGGAUUUUUUUUUUAUUACGGUUACACAAAAGUCGUAGAACAAAAGAUGUUAGUCUCUAUGUACCUUAUGCAUCUUUGGAAGGCUAUGCGUUAGAUACCAGUAACCCUGUAUAUUGCUGAAAACCGUACAAACAUUCGCCUGGUAGUUUUUGAGUUUAUACGUCUGUACAUAUAUUGUACCGUAACUAGACAUAGAUACCAUACAGACAGACGGGACAUGGGAGCGAAACCUUCUUUACAUAACUUAACAUUUUAAUAGUAAGUGGUGAUAAAAUAUUUAAAACGGAUAAGAAUUAUAUUCCAGGCUGCACUUUUCGAGUAAAUGUUUUAAAAAUAAAACG